AUGGGUCUGAGGAACUGGCUGAGGACCGUGUGCUGCUGCUGCCCGUGUUGUAAGUGUCUGGAGGAGCCCGCCCUGCCCGAGAAGGAGCCCUUGGUCAGUGGCAACAACCCAUAUUCCUCAUUUGGAGCAACUCUGGCAAGGGAUGAUGAAAAGAAUUUGUGGAGUAUGCCUCAUGACUUGUCCCACACGGAGGCAGACGACGACAGGAUCCUGUACAACCUCAUAGUUGUUCGGAAUCAACAGGCCAAAGAUUCUGAGGAAUGGCAAAAACUCAAUUAUGACAUCUAUACCCUGCGGCAAAUUCGAAGGGAAGUGAGAAACAGAUGGAAAUGCAUUUUGGAAGAUUUAGGUUUUCAAAGGGAAGCAGACUCUUUGUUGUCCGUCACUAAACUCAGCACCAUCAGCGAUUCUAAGAACACAAGGAAGGCCCGAGAAGUGUUGUUGAAACUGGCUGAAGAGACCAGUAUUUUCCCAACAGGUUGGGAGCUCUCAGAGAGAUACCUCUUUGUUGUGGACCGUCUUAUUGCUCUUGAUGCUGCAGAAGAGUUCUUUAAAAUUGCCAGUCGAACUUACCCCAAGAAGCAUGGAGUUCCAUGCUCAGCCGAUGGCCAGAAAGAACUGCACUACCGUCCAUUUCCAAGUCCCUAA